GAAAAACUAGGACGAGCGAAUAACCAACAUUCGCAUUACAAGCCUUGGACGUGGAACGAGACGAACUCGACUUUGUUAAAGCUCCAACCUCGCAUUGCUUGUAUUCUUUAUAGUCAAACGCGCAAACGCAAACGCAAGCAAACCCCAAAUCUAUAUAAUAAUGGCCGCAUCAAUAGUAACCGGUUCCGACUCGGUCGUCUACGAGCGCCGGAUAGCCCGCAUCCAUAGAUACCACUGGCCCGCUAUUCAACUUAACGUAUGGAUGCUCAUAAUGCUGGCGGCAUCGUGCUGCAUCAUCGGUGUCUUCGCUACCUUUAUCGGCGUCCAACAACAGCUGGAACUCUAUGUUCCCUGGUACUUCCCUUACUUUAUCACCGUCUCAGCAUUAACAAUCGUCUAUAUCGCCACGCUGCUAUGGCUUAUAGCCCAACGACGGCUCCUCCCUUCCAUAGUCAUACUCGGCUCCUUCAUGUUCUUCGUGCUCUGGAUGGUAGGGCUCAUCGUCGUCAGUAUUGAAUUAUGGGGCCCCGUCGGUUCCGUCAGCUCGAAUUGUAACCUUUUGGUAUGGAGCACGUCGCCGACGGGAAAUAACCAGGGGACAUUGGCGUGGUUGGAGCAAAGAUCUAUAUGCCAAUCGUGGCAAGCAGUUUUUGCUUUCGCUCUGAUCGGGUGCAUAUUUUUACUAUGGAUCAUCGUGAUGGCGAUACAGGUGUUUUACGAUGACGCCUAAUUUAUUACGAGAUGUACGACUUAACAUGCGGGUUUAUGUGUUAUGUCUCAUGGGCCAGCUCUACUAUGCCUAGAGCCUGAUUAUUAUUUUUUAAGAGCAAGACGAUUGGCUAUCCGACGAAAGUUUCCGGCGUCUCGGUGUAAAGACGUUGAGUUUGAACUUUUUUUAUUUAAAUGAAAAAAAUGUUUUCUAUUUGAGAGAUAUGCCCAUCUUUCUUGGGUGGAUUAACCAACCCAUUGCCUCAUACCCUUUCUUCGAUUAAGGAACGACGAUAUACUGGACAAUCCAGAUGUCAGUUAUGACCCUCCAUAGCUAUUUGUUGGUAGCCUCUCCACGUGAAGGAUUGAUUAGAUAUUAUUAUAAACACAAUAUAUCCUCCCUCAUAACUCGACAGCACGAUGUUCGCACCUAGUUGGAAAUCUUAGGGUUGACUUUGUUUC